AUGCUGUUCAACUACCUGCACUGCCCGGGGUACGUGGCCCGCAGCGGCACGGAGAACAUCCCGCUCGUCGGACCAGUCUCGCGAUACCAGGGCUGCCUGUACGUGCAGAGGGAGGCGAAGAGGGAGGACGCCUCGACGCACGGAGGCACGGCGCCGCAGCGCGAGCCGUCCGGCGGCGUCGCGAUGCAGUUGCGGGACCACCUGCUCUCCCUGGACGACAAGCGGCGGCGCGGGGAGUGGUACGCGCCAUUCCUGCUGUUCCCCGAGGGCACCACCACCAACGGGCGCGGCCUGAUCCAGUUCAAGCGCGGCCCCUUCAUUGCCGGCCUCCCAGCGCGCCCCUACUUUAUCCAGUACCACAAAUGUUUGGUCAGUCCGGCGUGGGAGACGAUCGGCAUCAAGGAGCACAUGUGGUACAUGUUGGCGGGGCUCUUCCACAGCGCGACGGUCACGGAGCUGCCCACGUACUACCCGAGCGAGGCGGAGCGCAAGGACGCGAGCUUGUACGCGGAGAACUUCCGGCAACACAUGGCCAAGAUGGCCGGCGUGCCCACGUUCGACGCGAGCCUCAAGGACAAGAGGGACUACCAGGAGGCGCUCCGGGGCCUGCAGGCGCGGCGCGGUGCCAGUGCGCACUCACAUGUCAAGUCCCAGUGA